AUGGCCGUGCCUGUGGGCCUCGCGGAGCUUCGACACCCUGAUGGAGGAGAUAGAAUGCAGAUGUGUCUGUGGAAUACGGCAGGACAGAGAAGGGCACCUACACCAGACACGGAGAUCAGGGAAGGUGGCAGCCAGAGGGAGUUCCCUAACGCUAUCUCCCAGACUCUUUAUCCUGGAAUUGGCAUGAGAACUCGUUCUGGAACUUUGGAGUGUGAUUUGGUUUGUAAGUUGGGUUCAGCCUUCCGAGGAGGGGUGAUCAGCCCCUUUGCAGACAUCCUGGAUGAGGAAAUACAGUGGAGUUACCCUUCCCAUCCGCUUAUAGAAGGGCCUACUAGUCAGUAUUCAAUCCUUCAGUAUGAAGUGGGCUUUGUGUUAGAGGAUUUUGCCGAGUUGCAGGCUGAUGUGAGAGCUCUGAGCAUGUUUAAGCAGGUGGCGGAGCCCUGGUUCUCCAAGUGGGAGCGGCAGUGCCUGGCCGAGGCCGAACAGGAGGCACAGCUGCCCCCCGAGCUGCAGGAGGAGGCGGCGGGGCCCCAGAGCGAACGGCAGAGGCUGUGGCAUCUCUUCCAGAUCUCCGCCACCGCCGUGGCCCAGCUCUACAAGGAUGGCGGCUGCCCGCAGCCCGGACGCUCAGUGUGGGACCCUUUCCAGCAUGCGGCCAUGGCCGUGACCAGCCUGUACAAGGAGAGCGGGGACGCCCACCAGCGAAGCUUCGACCUGGGCGUCCAGGUCGGCUGCCAGCGGCGCAUCAAGGAUGUCCUGGAGUGGGUGAAAAAGGGCCGAAGCACCAUCCUGCGCGAGGACCUGAUCAGUUUCCUGUGUGGCAAAGUGCCCCCCGCACCGCCGCCCCCCUCGCGCCCCUCCAGAGUGCCCCCCAAGCCUCCCGCAGGGGCCCCCGGCCAGCCCGCUGCCCCAGAGUCCAGCUCGUCGGUGGACGUCGACCUGCAGCCCUUCCACGAGGCCAUCGCGCUGCACGGCCUCAGCGGGGCCAUGGCCAGCAUCAGCGUGAGAUCUGGGGCGCCCGGCUCCCCACCGCCGGUCAGCGGGGCCGUGGGCGGAGGCCGCCGAAAAAGUAGCUGUCUCGAGGACGACCUGAACCCCUUCGACUCAGAAGAACUGGGCCAACGCCUGGACAGUGGCGGGACCCGCAAGCGCCCUUCGGCCCAGUGCGGGGACGGCAUCUCAGACUCCCCCACCUACAAGCGCAACCGUUUGGUGUAGCCCGCCACGUGGGCCGCCGGCCGCAGCCUCGCUUGCCCAUGCACACGCUUGGUGCGAGGAGCCUCCGGACCGACUGUUCCUUCUCUAAGUUAAACAAAGAUUUCUAUCACGUCUGCCAUAGAGAAACUGAGAGUAUUGCAGUCCUCGUGUGACUCUGGCCUACCAGCCCAGCCCCCUAGUCAAAUCCUAGCAAAGAACAAGUAUCCUGUGGUAGCUGGCGGGCUCCUUUGAAACAAGUAUCCAGUGAACACGGGAGCCUGGUUUACCUUGUUCAGUUAUCCUCCUUAGCAUCCAGCCCAGUUGCUGGUGCUCAAUAAAUGUUUGUUGAAUGAAGAAAUGUGACUUUAUUUAAAAGUCUUA